GGUAACAUCUAUAGAGUGAACCACAUUCACCCACGUCACUCUAGAAGAUCAGUUGUCCUCUUGCGCAGUAGUGUCGUUAAAUUAGCUUUGUUAAACAUCAGACCAUUUACUAUCUUUUUUGAAACUUUAGUAUCGGGGGUAGUUGCGCUAAAUAUGGCUAUAUAACGGCUUCAUCUUUUCUGCAUGACUUGCAUUAUUAUAAUAUCUCCAACCUUCUACCGUUACUCUUCUUUGAAAGGGAGUUGCAUGUUGUAUUAGCUAGCCUAGUGAUUACAAGCUAAGAGAAAAACAUCUGAUUAAUUACUAAUUAGAGCGAGCUGAGGUUAAUAAUGGAGGUAGAAAAAGUGCAAAACAUAGCCUUAAAGUUCAAUAACAACAAUAGUAAUAGCAGUAGAAUAAUAGAAGAGAGCAGCAUUCCAAAGGAGUUCAUAAGGUCAGAGAACGAGCAGCCAGCAAUAACAACGGUGCAUGGUACUGAACUUGAAGUGCCAACCAUUGAUCUGAGCGAGGCCAACGAAGAUGAACUGGUUGAUCUGAUUUCAAAGGCCAGUGAAGAAUGGGGUUUAUUCCAAGUCGUAAAUCAUGGGAUUCCUACACAAGUAAUUCAGGAUCUGCAAAAGGCGGGCAGGGAUUUCUUUGAGCUUCCCCAGGAAGAGAAGGAAGUCUAUUCAAAACCACCACCUGGUUAUAAGGGUAGUGAAGGUUACAGCAACAAGCUUGGUAAGAAUAUUGAUACUGUUAGGCCUUGGGUUGAUCAUUUGUUCCACAACAUUUGGCCUCCCUCUGCUAUCAACUUCCAUUUUUGGCCUAAGAAUCCUCCAUCUUACAGGAAGGCCAAUGAAGAGUACGCGAAAUACUUGAUAGGGGUAACAGAGAAGCUUAUGAAAUGCUGGUCAAAGGGACUGGGUUUGGAAGAGCAUAAGAUAAGAGAGGGAGGAGGUGGUGAUGAAAUGGUGUAUCUGGCAAAGAUCAAUUACUAUCCACCAUGUCCUCGCCCUGAAUUAGCACUUGGAGUGCCAGCUCACACCGAUUUGAGUUUACUUACUAUACUUGUUCCCAAUGAUGUAGCCGGCCUUCAAGUUUGUAGGGAUGGUCUUUGGUACAAUGUCCGCUACAUUCCUAAUGCCCUCAUCAUCCACAUAGGUGACCAACUUGAGGUUCUUAGCAAUGGAAAAUACAAGGCAGUGCUUCACAGAACAACUGUCAACAAAGAAAAAACAAGGAUGUCAUGGCCCGUCUUCAUUGAGCCCCCACCACACCACGAGGUGGGGCCUGUCCCGGAGCUCAUCACCGAAAACAAUCCGGCCAAAUAUAAGACUAAGAAGUUUGCAGAUUACAAAUAUUGUAAACUUAACAAGCUCCCUCAGUGAUAGAUAAUAUGAGUUUGAGCUAGCUGGUUCAUCCGCUUUAAACUACCUUUUACAGUUCCUGCAUCUUUUUUACUAUUUUUUUUUUCCUUAAGAGGAAUUUCAUUUUGUAUCCUGGCAAUUUAGCCUAUGAUUUGCUUUCUGAAUAAACUCAUUGCUUUCACUGCAAA